AUGUCGGCAAAAGGGCGGAGUAAUAAUGUCUUCUUGAGACGCUUCCGGCUCAGGCAAGCAAAGCUGCUACAAGACUCGGCAUUGGCAGGGAGGGAUUGUUCUUGUGACCUCGAAUCGAUGACGAUGAUCACCAACCGCGGGGCUGAGAAUAGAAACCUUAGAAGGGCCAUAGUCAGGGAUGCCCCUCGCUGGAGCGAGUCGAAGCAGCUGAGCUCCAUUCUGGCUGUUGAACUUUGGGGGCCAUCUGCCAUCUCUUGCUGCUACUCUUUUGGGGACUCUGCUGGUGCAUGCAUGCAUGAGUUGAUGCAGCAACCAUGCAACGAGAGUGAGAUGGGUGCAUGGAACUAG